AUGCUGAAGCUGAUCGGAGAACUUAGAUUCGCCGGGGACACUGUUUUACACGCUCGAUAAUACUAUUAGUCCCAUCUUCAGACACGAUGCGCAACCUAGCAGUCCUCCUCGCCACACUCGCCACCGCAGUGUCCGGCACAGUCGUGAACUUCGACGACCUCUCUAGUACCUGCGGCAGCCUCAUCACCCUACCAUCGCCCUACCAGGGCCUCCUCAUAACAGACGCGAAAUACGUGAACGUCACCACCGAUGUUGGCUGUCACGCGCACUCGGGGGGCGGCGGUCCAUGGGGAAAAUGUUCUUCGUCUCCGAUAUGUCUCUCCGCCGACACGAACAGCAUCACGUUUGCCCUCGCCACCGCGGGGACUUUCGAUAUUCAGGGAUUCCACCUGACGACGGAGUUGCCGGGCGUUGUCUACCGCCGUGCAAACACCUCCGCCUCCUUGGUCAUGGUCGCGUCAACGAGUGAUGGCGUGAGCGAACGCAGCUCGACAGUGGUACCACCGAAGGGAAGGGUGUACUCUACGACGAUCACGCUUGAUUUGGUGGAGGUGAGCGAUGUUACGGUGGCGUUCACCUGGGAUUAUGUCGAUAUGAAUGGGGUGCAGUUUUUCGAUCAACCAGUUGGCGAGGCGUACGUGGAUGAUAUAGAGAUUGAAUUUUGAGGGAAGUGUUUUUUGUCAAUCAUGAUUCAUCAAUGAAUCCAACCUUAUGUAAAUCAUGGCAGUUACGUACAAAUACACUUCCUCCCGUCUGGACGUCCCUUCCCC